AUGGCUGCUCCCACCGAUCCGACCGUGGCCUACCUCCUCAGCCUGGAAGCGGUUCGAGAGCGGUCUAGAGAGGUGCUCCUGGCCGCACAGGCAGGCGAUCUCAACCACUUUGACUACCACGAGAGCAAGCUCCCAGAGGUGGCAAGUUUUGUCUGCGCCAUCAUCGAGCGCGAUUUUGGCCCGGACAAGUUCGACGAGAUCCCACCGCACGGCCGCUGGCAGCACUUCAACGUCGGCGACAUCGACCGCAUUGCCCCUCUGCUGGAAGCAUGGGAAGGCGAAGGAGUGCCGAAGCUUGAGCUCACACGGCGAUUGGUAGACCUCUUCUUUGUCUCCGUGCUGCUGGACGCCGGUGCUGGCGACACCUGGAAGUACGACGAGGCUGCCACGGGCCGGGCGUUCAACCGGAGCGAGGGCAUCGCCGUGGCCUCGCUGCACAUGUUUCUGGAGGGAGCUUUCAGCAGUGCUGGCAAAGCGCAGCCGCUGAUCGUUGACGGUGCCGGACUGGUCGGCCUCACAGAAGGGCCCUUUGUCAAGGGCUUCCAGGUGUCGGCUGAGAAUCCGUUGGUCGGCGUGUCCUCGCGUGUGGCGCUGCUGAACAGAAUUGGCAGCUCUCUCUUGAGACUGCCCGAAAUUGUUGGCCCCACUGGUCGGCCUGGAAAUGCUGUUGACUACGUGUUGAAGAACUCCAGCGAGGGCGUGCUGGACUACCGGCUGCUGUGGUCGACGCUGCAGGCCAUCUUAAUUCCAGCGUGGCCCCAGGACCGGCCCACGAUCAACGGCCGGCCGAUCGGCGAUGCCUGGCCGCUCCAGGUGCUGGCACAGCGGGCAGAGAGGCGGUCGCCGAAGUCCACAGCGGCGGCAGAUGCCAUCCAGCCGUUCCACAAGCUGACGCAGUGGCUCGGCUACUCGCUCACGGUGCCGUUUGUGCGCAUCCUGGGCCUCGGCGUGGUGAACGACCAGCUGGGCACGGGUCUGCCAGAGUACCGCAACGGCGGCCUGUUUGUCGAUCUGGGCGCGCUGACGCUGAAGGCGGCCGUGGCCGAGGCCAACACGGACACGGCGGGCGGAGAGGUGCUCCCGCGCUUCUCGCCGACCGAAGACGUGAUCGUGGAGUGGCGAGCCAUGACGGUGGCCCUGCUGGACGAGCUCUUCAAGCUGGUGUCGACAACGUUUGCGGCCAAGGGCACGAAGCUGACCAUGGCCCAGGUGCUGGAGGCCGGCACGUGGAAGGGUGGCCGCGAGCUGGCGGCCAAGCUCCGGCCGCAGACAAAAUCCAGCCCAAUCCUGCUCAACGGUGACGGGACCCUGUUCUGA